CUUCUAGCUGUCUCCAACAUCAAACUAGUGCUGCUUUACUUCACUUCUAACGAAGCACCUCCUCCGGGAUUGAUACAGGAUUAACUUCACCCGUCUUACCUGGAGUCUUGGUCCGCGACCGUUGAAAGAGUUUGGACAAGAAACUAGUUUUGUCUCCAUUCCAUUGUUUGAACAGAAUUGACAAACUGAAAAAAAUGCGUCUCAUCCAGAACAUGACGACCAUUGCGGAGUACCCAGCACCCGAAUGCUCGGUCCCAAACCGGGUCAUUAAAAUGGCUGUGAUAGGAGGCGGCGGAGUUGGAAAAACAGCGCUCGUGGUGAGAUUCCUGACGAGGCGCUUCAUCGGAGACUACGAAAGAAAUGCUGGUAAUCUCUAUUCCAGAGAAGUGCAGGUGGAUGGAGAGCAAGUGACCAUCCAGGUUCAAGACACUCCUGGUGUGGAGAUGACUGAUAAUGGCAUCAAUUUACCAGAUCAUGUGACCUGCUCCAUCCAGUGGGCUGAUGCAGUGGUGCUGGUGUACUCUGUGACCGACCGCCGCAGCUUCGAUUUGAUCAAUCAGUUGCAUCAGCUGGUUGUUCGUACCGGAGGCGCCAACAUGCCUCCAGUAAUCCUACUGGCCAACAAGGCGGACCUGCUGCACCUGAGGCGGGUGGACUCCCAGCAGGGCCCUUUGCUGGCGGGCACCCUGGGCUGUUCUUUCUACGAAGUAUCUGCCAGCGAGGACUACAGCGAGGUGCACAAGGCUUUCCACAGGCUGUGCUGCCAGCUAGCCAAGCAGCCGCCUCCUGCCUCCAACUCGUCCAACAACUCUGCCGGCGCUACCACAGAAAAGAGGCGCUCGCCCCUCAUCCCCAGGCCAAAAUCUCCCAAUAUGCAAGACCUGAAGAGGCGCUUCAAGCAAGCACUGUCAGCCAAAGUCAGGACUGUCACCUCUGUGUGAAGAGAACUAUAAGUUGAAAGUGGUCCAGAGUGGCUACAGUAAGAAAGCUUUUAAAGAUGGAAGAGGACAGAAGAUGUAUGCUUCUCCACUGAAGUCCUGUAUCAGCCUGGCUGAAAGAGGCAGAUGUGACAUGAACAGUGGUCGGCUCUAAGUAGCGAGAGGCAGACGAGUCUUUACAGAGGUAAUGACCUCUGAUUGGCAAGUAUCUGUCCUGUCAGGUGCCAUGUGUGAGGCGGGGCAGUGAUGAGGUUCAUCAUCCGUUCAGGACUAGAGACGCCUGAGGAGACACAGAAGCAGCUGUGUGAGGCUGACAAACUCCACACACUGCUCUCCUGGCAACAACCGUGCUGAAGGACUGCUUAUUUUUAGCUGUUCUUUAUUCAGACUGCCACUACAUGGCACCACUAAAUGCUAGUGUUAGUAUACCAGCCACUUGAGCCAGGGCUCUGUGCAGCUGUGUGUGUGUACUCAGUCUCUUGUAUGUCACUAACUGCAGUAUAUUUUUGCAGCAUCAAAACCAUCAUUGUGCAAGACAUAAUGAUGAAACGGUGGUGGGAGGGGGUUGUAGCGGGGCAGCAGACACAGUAUGUAGCGUGUGACAGUUAUCACUGAUGCACUUUAUAAAAAGGUAUGAUC